CCUUCCUUCCACCCUCCUCCCUUCACCAUGCAUCCACCCAUCUACCCCAACCACUUACCCACCCACCCGUCCAUCUGUCCACAUAGCCAUCCUUCCAUCAAUACGAACACCAACACACCCAUCCAUCCACCUGGCCUGUCCAUCCAUCCGCCCAUCCCUCCAUCUACCCAUCCGUCUGUCUGUCCACCAACCUUCACUGAGCACCUUCUGAGCACUGGGAGGUGCUGGGUGGCUCUCGCCCUCAGGGCCUGCACCCUGGGGGCACAGACCAGAGCGCACUCUGCAGGUGCUAUGAGGUUCAUGCUGGGUGGGUCAGGGGGUGGUGUCAGAGACGCUCUGAAGAGGAAUGUGGGACGCUGCCCCUGGUGGGUCCCCCAUGUUAGAUGGUUCCACAGCCCAGAUUCUGGAGUCUGCUGUUGUAGAAAGCUGAGGGACAGGACUCGGUGCUGGAAUCCAGAGCCAGCUGUGCUAUGCGGUUGGGAGGGCUGGCCCCCUGGGAUGGCCCUUCAGUCCUGGGCAGUCCCACUCCCCAUCCCUCCCAUCAGAGCGCACAGGAGGCCCAGCGUGGGGGAUGUAUGAGCAUGAGGAACUUUAUUGCACAAAACGGGGUUUCUGCAGGCAGGAGGCAGGGAGGGAUGCAAGUCUGUGUCCAGCAAAGUGUGGGUGCUCCUCAUAUUUGGUGGGUGACCGGCUCUCUUGCCAGGCUGGGUCUCAGUCUCCGCUCUUCCUUGGGAACACUUGGCCUCUCUAGGGGAUGGUGCAUUUAGCCCAUGGUCAGGAAUCUUCCCUCCCAGAUGCCAGAGGCAGAGCUGGGGGAUCAGGGUGGAGUGGGAUAGAGGUUGGAGUGUCCAGAAGCUAAAGGAGGUGGUGUCAGCAGUGCGGGUGUCCGAGGGACAAGGGCAGGCUACCCUGGCGACAGGAAGCAACUUCAUAGCCAGGGCUGGGGCUGGUGUCCUGGUGGGGUCUGGGGACACGGAGGUGCUUCUGGCGUGCACCUGCCAAAACACGGUGUGGAGCAUGGGCAGCGUCAGUCUGGAGCCGAGGAUGGGCUGCAGCCUGCCCCCGCACAGCCUUGGCUCUGUGGCCCUUGCCGUCUCUGGUGGCUGCCUGGCCCUGCCCACACUCCUGCCUACGGUCAGAAGCACCCUGCUGCAGCCUCUUGGGACACCUGCCCCUGAGUGAACGCUGAGACCCUGGACCUGGGCCCUGCUGACUGUCUGCCCACCAACCCAAGCAGCCCCCAGGAGCUGGCCCUGGGGUUCUGCUGGCUGCACAGGCCUGGCUGUGUGCAGGCAGCCAGGCGGGAGUGAGCUGGGGCAGAAUCCCCACCCGCCCCAGGCCAACCCUCUCGCCUCUGCAGAGCCAGCCCCACUGCGGAAGCUCGGGCCUCCCUCCUCCCCAAACCAGACGGCCUCUGGCUCGGCCCAGAUGCCAUUUGUCAACGUCCUUGCAGACUCGUGGCGCCCAGAAACCAGGGCGGGUGGCUUGGCCAGGACCACCGGGCUGGGCGGUCUGCAGCAACACCAUCCAGCACAGCUCAGCGAGAUCCGCUCCAACUUUCCCGCCAACCUGCCUCUGUGACGCGGCCUCAGCGUCCCUGAGCCUCUUGGCCGCUGCCCCUCACCACUGGCUCGCAGAGGACGGACGCGCCUGUGGUCGGGCCGGCGACGGCGUGGCGGCCCUCACGUGUCUGUGGGCAGCCUGCUCUUCCCGCCCUCGGCUGUGGCCAGCGGCUGGCCAGACACCAGCCUCCCCAGAGGGCUCGCCGGUGGGUCUCCUGCCCGCCCCCUUGCCAGCCCCCAGCGACCUCCACAGCUCCCUACCGCACCAGGCGUGGAGCUGCCCCACAGUCACUGAUGCACAGCACAGAAGGGUGAAGCGAUGCUCGGUUCAGCCACGUCAGUGACCCUGGAGGCUGGUGGCCCGAGCCCCCAGAGGCCCCCUGGACCUCCACCACCCCUGCUUCCUAAGCCAGGAAAAGACAACCUGCGUCUGCAGAAACUUCUGAGGAAGGCAGCUCGGAGGAAGAUGGCCGGGGCUGUCCCGGCCCCACCUGGGGCCUUCCGUACCUCCCUGUCCCCUGUGAGUGAGGCCAGCCACGACCUGGAGGCCGUGGCCCCAUGUACCACUGAGGCCCUGCGCACGGUGGCACCCCUGCCCCGCUCCCCGCGUGCCCCCAUCAUCCACCACGUGACCUCGCCCCCGCAGAGGUCCACCUUCUCCUUCAGCCUCACCGAGCGCAGGGCCCUGGCCACCCACUUGGAGGCCCCUUCGAGGCCUGAAGCCCUGGCCCUACAACCUACCCAGCUCCCCAGUGGCUUUUCCCCUGUCUCAGCCCCAACGUCUGGGGGCACACACAUCACCCAGGUGCACAUUCAGCUGGCACCGUCCCCACAGGGUGGGGCCCCGGAGCCUCUGAGGACAGCCCCAGAUGAGAGCCCCAGGGUUCAGGAGGGAGACGCAGCCAGUGCCCAGUCUCUGAUCCCCGUGGCCCAUAUCCGCCCACUGCCUGCCCGGGCCCAGGAGGUCAGUCCUGGGCCUGAGGAGCCCUCUGCAGCAAGGCCACCACCCAGCUUCCAGGCCUCAGUGUCCAGAGAGGCUAGCACCAGGGUGGUGGUGCCCAUAGCCCCCACCUACCGCUCUCCCGGGCCCCCACCUUACAGCCCGGCUGCUGUGGCCCCUGAAGCUGGGCACCUGGAGGAGUCUCCUGUGUCCAGCCCUGCUGCAGAGGUUGAGAGGGUCGCCAUGCCCCCGGGAAGCUCGUCCCUGGCACUACCACUGGGUCCCCACCCAUGCCCUGUCCCCCAAGUUGCACCCAAGCCACGGCUCAGCGGCUGGACACGUCUCAAGAAGCAGCUUAUGGAAGACGCAGAGGAUGCCCCCUUCCCAGAGCAGGAGCCCAGCCUCCUGCCUGCGCAACCAGAGGCAUCUGCUGGGGCUGGCGCCCGGCCGCCCGCCUCCCGGGCCUCCAGGAUGUGGGAUGCUGUGCUCUACCGCAUGUCUGUGGCUGAGUCCCGCAGUUGCGUGGCGGGGCCCAGGGAUGGGGACCGUCCCCCGGCCAGCCUUGCCCGCCUGCCCUUCCUAUACCGGCCUCGCUUCAAUGCCCGGAAGCUGCAGGAGGCCACCCGGCCGCCUCCCUCCCUCCAAUCCAGCCUGGAACUGAGCCCCCGACCCAAGAACUUCAACCGGACAGCGGCAGGUUGGAGGCUCCAGUGAGGUGGCCAGAGUGGCCCCUAGGGCCUAGGACCAGGGGUAGGCAAGACAGGCUGAAGGUCUCAUGGGAGGCCAUGCUGUCCUAAGAGGAGAUGCAGGAGGACAGUGUUGGGGACCAGGCAGGCACGUCCUGGUGCCAUGGAGUCCAGUGGGUGGUUGGGGGCAGGUCAAGUGGACAGGAGCCGUAGGACAAGUGGGAAAGGGGCGUGGGUGCGGAGCACGCGGGCCGACAGAGGCAGUCUGGGCAGUGUGGGGGGUGGCAGAGGUCCGCCUCAGGGUCAGCGUGGGGCCGAGGGGGACGGGAGGGCAGCUACUCAUGCUGGCACACUGCCCUCCCCGCAGGGCAGCCCGCCGCCCCGCCCUCUGCCGGCACGUUCGGUGUGAGGGGAGCUGGUACCAGCACUGGCACCUGGUCGGCAUGUCAUCGCUCCUGAGAGGCCCAUCGGCGGGCAGGAGCCGGACACCACAGGGCCAGGUGUGGAAGGGCUGGCCCAAGUGGGAGCUGGGGGGAAGGAAGGCUGCAGCCCACUCCCUGCCCCCUCUGGUUCCCUGCUGGGCUGGCAACCUGGGGACCUUCUGAUGGAAGAGUGGGACGGGUCACGGUGCUGGUCACAGCCAGCUCCCAUAGCGGGCAGGGAGUGGCGUCCUCCGCACUGGACCACAAGGAAGCAGGGCCACAGAGGUUGAAGAGAGGCCGGGUCUGGGCAGAGGCACUGAAGGGGCUCUGCGGCUGCACUCGGUCAGUCUGCGAUGGCCACCAACCACAGGGAGAGGGAGCCUGAGGAGCUGACCGAGGCCUCCAGCCCCCCGGGUGGGACUCAGCAGGGGAAGGAUGCAGGUGACAGGCGGAAGGGUGCUGGGAUGGAGCCUGGGACCCAGGCCACUAAUAAAUGUGUGACAGCAUGGUGCCUCUGUCUCCGCCCUGGACGGGGAGGGCAGCAGAACCUCCAGCAACCCUCGGGAGGGCGAGACCGCGGUCCUGCCCCUCUUCAGACCCUCAGUGCAGCGAGGCACAGGGGAGCCAGGCUCCUGGGGACUCCCCCACCCAGCUCGACUGCUGCAGUGGCCAGGCUGCCCUCCGGAGGCUCCACAGGGACAGGAGGCUAUCCCGAGGGGCACUUUGAGGUGGCUGACCAUCCUGACCCUGAAGAAAUGGACAGUCCCAGGCGGGUGUGAGACGAGAGGCCAGAAGACUGAGUUGGGACUGAGCUGCAGCCAGCUCUGAGGCCGGGCCUCAGCCCCAGGCCCAGCCUCCACUGAGACGUGAGCAAGCCGCCCUGCCCCUGCCUCCGUCCCACACUUCACUCAGCACACGGCACUGGUCACUGCCCUGGACUCACCGGGGUGCACAGCCUAGGGCGCCGGGCCCUCGUCCACAAGAACCUUCUCGUACUUCCCGUGUCCAGUGGCCACGAACUUGUACCUCUUUCCAGACGGGGUGGUCUGUUGGGAAGAGAGGAGGAGGCACUCCUGCUGGAGAUGGCGCCCGGCCCGGCCGCGCCCUGCUCCACCACAUCAGGGUCUACCUUGGUGGAGGACGAGGUCCUGGAGCCUCCUCUCUGCUCCCAGAGGCUCCUCUUGCUCAUGUCUCCAGCUACAAUGUCCUGGGCACAGACAAGCGAGUUGUCAUGGCUCAGACCCGCCCAUGGGCGCCGGUGGCCCUGGCCCUUCUCUUUGGCCUGGAGACCCGCCUGCCUCAUCUCUCGAGUGAGGCCCCAGGGGGAGCUUCAACCGCUGCCCAGCCUUGUCCACACGCCAGCCUUCUGCCUCUCCUGGAUCAGCCCACACAGGGCACCUCUCCUGCUGCAGGCUCUGACUUCCCAGCUCCUCUCUGUCGACAGAGGGGCCCUACCUUGCAGGUGGGGGUCUUGGCCAAAGACUGAGUCUGCACCUCUCCUGUCUCCCAUCGACUCUUGGUACUGGACACCGCCAUGCUGGGCAGCUCUAUGGAGGUCUGGCGGGAUAGUUUGGGCAUCCAGCCAGCAGACUGCAGAGGAGACAGAGCCCCAGGGCAGCUUUAGUGGACAGCCACCGUGGGGCAUAGGAGGGGGUCUGGCCGGGAGGCCCUUUUCAUCUUCAUAUCCUCCCCAAGGUCAGGCUGGAAUGGAGUUCUUCCCUUCCAACCCGCUUGGGGAACGCUCCUGCUCGGAAGCACACAGGAGCCCCAAUGGCACGCGAGACACAGGAGGUCUGUCUUCACGCUGCUCACGGAAUGGGGCUGGAGGAACACCGGGGGUGCGGAAGGCCACUGAUUGCAUGGCGGAGUUCUGGUUGGACAGAGUGGCAUGAGUUAGAUGGAAGGGGGACAUUGGUUGAGUAAAUGGCUUUGACCAGACUUCCAUUGGCUGGAGGAGUGUUAGCUGGAUAGAGGGUGUUGGUGGAUGGAG